GUUCGGACCUGGUAUACACGUGUGUGUGUGUAUGAACGAUCUAUAUUGUGACUGAACAACACACGUGCAGACGGUAAUUGUUAGGAGGGUGUGGAUUACCCGUGUCUGGGCAGUGUGUGUGGAUGUGUGUGGCAGUGGAAUCAGGAAUGGACAGCACACUUCAGAGGAGAGGAGAGAGCCCCCCUGCAAUGGACUUCACGAACGGCGAGGCCCGACUGGGCCCUCCCAUCAUCAUGUGUACCCGUCCAUACCCAGACUGCAGUGUGGAGCAGGGGGAGUGUUGUGACAUGGACAGCACCAAUGAGAGCGGGGUGGGCUCUGACACCUCUGAUGGGGGGCGGAGCAACGAGAAGGAGGAGGGGCUAGGUGGACUGUUCAACAAUUCUGGCCAGUUGAUUGGCUCGGCUUCUGCGUCCGUCUUCUCGGGGGAGGAACAGUUUGAGGACUACGGAGAGGGGGAGGAUGUGGACUACACUCCCAGCAGCCCUUGCCCCGACGAUGACGCUCGCACCAACGGCUUCUCAGACCUCGGCUCCUCCCUGCCCUCCAGGUUGGUGGCACAUAGAGGAAACUCACACAGCGUACAGGACAUUCAUCAAUGA